CGUGGUAACGCCGCGUCUCCUAGGCGAUUUCCCAGCAGGCCAGAGUUUGACGCUGGCUUUUUAAGAAUACGUGCUGAGGUCGUGUUGCUGUAGCACGUUACGCAGGCCGGCUGGAAGAUGGCGGGUCCGGGGGAAUACUUCGCCAUUGGCGCCUAUGUUUCAUGCCGGACCUGCCAAGAGACGAGACUGCAGGGCGAGGUGGUUGCCUUUGACUACCCAAGCAAAAUGCUGGCGCUCAAGUGCCCCUCCUCCAGUGGGAAGCCCAACCAUGCUGAUAUCCUUCUCCUGAAUUUGGACUAUGUGUCUGACGUAGAGGUGAUAAACGAAAGAACACAGACCCCACCGCCCUUAGCCUCUCUCAAUAUCACCAAGCUUGCCAGCAGAGCUCGCUUAGAGAAGGAAGAGAAGUUGAGCCAGGCCUACGCUAUCAGUGCUGGAGUGUCACUGGAUGGACAGCAACUUUUUCAGACCAUUCAUAAGACGAUAAAAGACUGUAAAUGGCAGGAGAAGAAUAUAGUAGUUAUGGAAGAAGUUGUAAUUUCUCCCCCCUACCAGGUUGAAAAUUGUAAAGGAAAGGAGGGCCGUGCCCUGUGCCACGUCUGCAAAAUAGUUGAGAAACACUUUAUAGAUAUGGAAAAUCAAAAGGGGGUGCAGAGAAAUCCAGCCCAACAGUCACAGAAAGAGACCAGCACGUCAUCCUGAGCCUUCGAAUCAUGUUGGCCUCGCCUUCCCCAUGCUGCCUGCUCUUCUUUCCACCAGUAGUGUGGUUGUCCAAAGGAGAGCUAUAGGGGGUGGACCACAUGGGGGUGGGUGAGCGGGGAUUUGGGUGGGAUUGGGUAGCUUUUAUUUCUGGACUAGUCACUCAACCCUUUACUUUUUUAAAAGCCAUUAUUCUCAGUCUUGGCUUCAGGAAGGGGUUGAGGACAUACUAUGUUCUAUGGAAGACCCCAAGGGCUUCAUUCAGUCAUCCAGAAUAUUUUUUUCUUUAGCCAUUUGGGCUCUAAUUCAGAGGUUUUUUUUCCCCAACAUUGCAUUUCUUCCACAGCAGAUUUUCCCCUCCCCUUUAUUUGUGUAAAGAUUUUUUUUUUCUGUCUGUUGCUGGGGGAAAGUGCAACCAUACUCAGCCAGAGGGGAAUGGCAAUGCAAGGCAUGUCCCUCGCUGGCUGUGCAGCGGUUAUAAAACUGCCUGUACAAAGAAGGAACAAAAAAUACAAAAGCAAAAAAACUAAAAAUAAAACCAAAAGAAAGUA